AUGUCGGGACAUCCAGGAAGCACUCGGCGUGACAUCAGCCAUAACGCAUUCAACGACCACACCAGGAUCCAUCAAGGGGAUGUCCACAACCAUGUUCACUACAGCUCGCCCCGCCCGACUCCCCACGCUGGAGUUAUCCGCGUCAUCCCUUAUCCCCGCAACGAAGAUCUAGUCCCUCGCCGAAAUCUCAUCGACAAACUAGAUGAGCUUCUUCCAUCGACACCAGAAUCUUACAGCGCCGCCCUUUGGGGUCUGGGAGGCUCAGGCAAGACACAGAUUGCCCUAAACUAUGCCUACCGACGAUGCGAUACCGACCAAGAAUGUUGUGUCUUCUGGGUCCAUGCUGAAAACGAAGCUACCUUUUCGGCCGACUACAAGACGAUUGGAAAAACGCUUGGAGUGGACGAUCAGCUAAAUGGGCCACAUCUUCUUGAUGCUGUACGAACGGCAAUUGAAGCAAAGCCAAAGUGGUUGAUGAUCAUCGACAACGCAGACAACCUAGGUCUAUUUGGAGUCGGCCGACAAGCAAAAGCGGAAGAGGAGAUUGAGCAACAGGGCCAGAACCUGCGUGGGUAUAUCCCCUGUGCUCCGCAAGGAUCGGUCCUAUGGACGAGCAGAGAUGGCCAUGUUGCAGGCACCCUGGUCGGAGCACGUCGCGGUAUAAAGGUACAAUCUAUGGCCCCGUACGAAGCGAGACAUCUUCUCGGGAAUAUACUACACAACACUUCAACGGCGCCCGAAACAUUGAGAGGGGCAGGGACAGAUGCCCUCUUAGAAGAACUACAGUACCUACCAUUGGCCAUCUCCCAAGCCGGCGCAUACAUGAAACGUUCAUCGAUGACAGCCGAAGAGUAUCUCAAUUCCCUCAAUCGAGGAAAGACCAGGUGGGAAGUGCUCAAAGUCAGUAAUACUGACCGACAUCGGCGGCUGGAAGUAUCAAACAGUGUGCUUGAGACAUGGAAAAUCUCAACAGAGCAAAUCCGAACUGAAAGUAAGAUUUCAUACCAUAUACUGCACGUUAUUGCAUAUGUCGACAACCAAAAUAUACCAGAAGAGCUACUGGUAGCCGCAGCUUCUUCAUUUGUGAUCGAUGAAGAUAAAACUCAAGACGUCUCAGAGCUCGGAGCUAAGGAGGCAGUGGCACGGCUACAGGAGUUUUCCUUUCUCAACCUACGCGGAACAUAUGAUGGCGAACGACGCUAUGAGAUGCAUAAGCUGGUCCAAGAGGCUAUACGAUAUGAUCUGAGGAUUCGAAGCUUAUCGGAGAAUGCAUCAUGCAACGGACUAGAAGAGUUGGAAGCAUUCUACAGCGCUAAGGCAUUGCAUGUAGUGAAUGGCCUCUUCCCUACAGAAAGGAUACGGGUUUCGAGGGUGCAGUGCGAUAAAUAUGCCGCGCAUGCUAUAAGAGUAGGGGAGUGGGCAGAGUUGAGCAACACAAAAGUUCUCACAGCCCAUCUGCUCCAGCGUGUAGCUUCAUUUUUCAAAUAUAGAGGAAUAUGGCGAGAGGCCAAGUCAUUGUUUGAACGGGUAUUGGGUCUCAGGCGAGAGGUGUUUGGAGAAAACCACUUGGCCACAAUCUCGGCUCGACAAGACAUUGCGAUGAUGUACAGCCUUGAAAGCCAAUAUGCUAAGGCCCUACCUAUUCAUCUAGAAGUACUGGAAUUCCGACGGCAAGUGCUCGGAGAGAAACACCCAGUUACUUUAUCUUCUAUGCAAAGACUUGGCUCAGCGUAUAUGAACUUGGGACAAUAUGACGAGGCAGAAGUACUAAUUGAAAAGGCACUGAAGCUACAACGCGGUGUGUUCGGAGAGAAACACCUUGAAGCAAUUCGAUCUAUGAGACACCUUGGAUACACAUACCUGAGGCAGGGUCGUCUAAGUGAAGCGCAAAGGAUUGCGACAGAAGCACUAGAAAUUGCACGAGAGGUGCUGGGGGGUUCAGAUCUGCAUACUAUCAACGUAAUGAAAUUGCUUGGGCUGGUAUACAACAACCAGGGUCAUUACAAGGAAGGUGAAGUCAUCUUGGCUGAAGCACUAAGUACUGGAAAAGAAGUAUUCGGAGUGAUGCAUCCAGAAAUUAUUGGGGUCAUGGGGGAUCUUGCAUGGGUAUACGGUUGUCAGGGCCGAUAUAAUGACGCUGAAUCACUUUAUCAAAUCGUUUUGGAUUUACGUCAACAAGUCCAUGGAGACAACCAUCCCACAACAAUAGCGACUAUGAAGAAUCUGGCAAUAAUCCGGGAGAAAUCACAACGCCACUGUCGUCGUACAGAAUCCGUCGAGGUUUUGGCAUUGGCCGAAGCGGAAGGUGGGAAACAAGGGUAUAGGUCGCCAUAG